CUCGACAUUAUUUUCUCUGGUUUUUCUAUGUGAUUAUUAGGAGAGAAUAUCAAAAGAAUAAUGAUUAUCUCAAGCGAAUAAUAUCCGUUAAAAAGGUUUUCAAGACAUCAGCAUAACAUUAAGCAAAUGGAUUUAUACUACUCUUGAAUACUUGGCACGAAAUUUAUGUGAAUAAUUGAGGAGUAAUUUGAGUUCGUCACCAUGGAAGAACAAACCCAUCUCGAGCUUGUCCAACGCUAUCGACGAGAUAGAAGCACCCUACUGAAUUACAUAAUGUCCAGUAGUCUGAUUAAGAAAGUCGUGAUGCCUCCUGGUGCUGUUUCUUUGGACGAUGUGGACCUGGACCAAGUUAGCAUUGAUUAUGUUAUUGAAUGUGCCAAGAAGGGUUUACCAUUGGAACUCUCAGAAGCUAUAAGAAUGUACUUUGACAGUCUUGACUUCCCUCCAAUGAGUAGCAGGGGUUUGGGAGACGAAUUCUUUCUGGUUACAGAUGUUGAAAGCUCUGGGCCUCCACCGACAUGGGCACCACCACCCGUUCCCACUGCAUUGUCAUCACCAAUCAUUACAAAUCUUUCUAAAUCACAGUCUCUUCACUCUGAGCAGUUUCGAGAAGUAUCCGUGGAUGAAGAGAUUGAUGACUUUGAAGAUGACGAUGAUCAGAUAUCUGAUGACCACCAUCUAACAAGACGGCGCCCAAAUGAUGCUAGUGAUCUAAUGUUCUGCUUGCCAUCUUUUGCCACAGGGAUAACGGAUGAUGAUUUUCGUGAGACAUCUUAUGAAAUCUUCUUGGCUUGCGUAGGGGCUGCAGGGGGCCUCAUAGUACCAUCUAAGGAAAAGAAGAGAGAUAAGAAGUCCAAGAUCUUGAAAAAACUUACUCGUAGCAAGAGCGAAAGUGUUGCACCACAAUCUCAGGGGCCACCAGGAGUCAUCGGUUUAUUGGAAACUAUGCGUGUACAACUGGAGAUCUCUGAGGCCAUGGAUUUGAGAACAAGGCGUGGUUUGCUUCACGCCCUUGUCGGUAAAGUGGGGAAAAGGAUGGAUACCCUCUUGAUCCCACUAGAAUUAUUAUGCUGUAUUUCAGAGGCUGAAUUUUCUGAUAAGAAGUCAUAUCUACGUUGGCAAAAGAGGCAGAUAAAUAUGCUAGAAGAAGGACUUCUGAAUCAUCCUGCCGUCGGAUAUGGAGAAAGUGGGCGUAGAGCAAGUGAUUUGAGGCUUCUCCUACUGAAGCUAGAAGAAGCUGAGACACUUCCUUCUACUGCAAUUGAAGUACGCCGUACAGAGUGUCUAAGAUCCCUAAGGGAGAUUGCCCUUGAACUUGCUGAGAGGCCAGCAAGGGGUGACCUAACUGGUGAAGUUUGUCACUGGGCAGAUGGUUACCACCUUAAUGUGAGGUUGUAUGAGAAAUUGCUCUACAGUGUUUUUGACAUACUUGAUGAGGGAAAGCUUUUACAGGGAGUAGAAGAAAUUCUUGAGUUGCUGAAAUCAACUUGGCGCAUUUUAGGAAUUACUGAGACUAUUCACGAUGCUUGUUAUGCAUGGGUAUUAUUUCGACAGUUUGUUAUUACAGGUGAACCUAAUAUGCUGCAACUUGCUGCUGAGCAAAUGAAGAGAAUAUCUCUAAGGGAACAACGUGGUUCACAGGAAAGAAUGUACUUGAGAAACCUUCGUUGUUCAGUUGAAUGUGAAGAAGGUUCUCGAGAGUUGACCUUUAUGCAGUCUGUCUUAUUACCAAUUCAAAAGUGGAUAAAUAAACGGCUGGAGGAUUAUCAUGUGCACUUUGCUGAGGGGUCAAACUUGAUGGCAGGAAUGGUUACAGUUGCAAUGCUUGUUAGACGUUUACUAUUGGAAGAGCGGGAACAGGUGAGGCAAAUAACAACUACCAGUGAUCAGGAUCAGAUCGAGAGUUACAUUUCAUCCUCCAUUAGAGCUGCUUUUGCUAGGAUUGUAGAGUCUGUUGAUGCUAAAGCAGAUUCUGAGAGAGAACAUAGAUUGACAUCCCUUGCAGAAGAAGUCAGAAAACUUCUCAAGAGAGAGUCCACAAUAUAUUCUCCUAUUUUAGCUCGGUGGAAUUCUCAAGCUGUUGUCAUUUCUGCUGCUCUUGUUCAUCAGCUUUAUGGAAAACAAUUGAAACCUUUUCUUGACGGUGCGGAGCAUCUCACUGAGGAUGUGGCCUCUGUUUAUCCCGCAGCUGAUGGUCUAGAGCAAUACAUUUUGGGUCUUAUUAUAUCUUCAAAUGAAGAGGGAACGAUUGAUGCUGCAUAUAGGCAAAAGUUGGUGCCUUACAAGGUUGAAAGUGUUUCAGGAAUGCUGGUACUGCGGUGGGUGAAUUCACAACUAGGAAGAAUUUCUGGAUGGGUUGGACGAGCCGUUCAACAAGAGAGAUGGGAACCUUUAUCUCCUCAACAACGCCAUGGGAGUUCGAUUGUGGAAGUAUACAGAAUCAUAGAAGAGACUUUGGAACAGUUUUUCACUCUUAAAGUGCCGAUGAGGUUGGGAGAAUUAAAUUCUCUGAUUCGUGGCCUUGAUAGUGCAAUGCAAGUUUAUACACAGAAUAUUGUGGACCAAUUAGGUAAUAAAGAAGAUCUGAUACCCCCUGUGCCAAUUCUUACAAGAUACAGAAAAGAAGCUGGAAUAAAGGCUUUUGCUAAAAAGAAAUUAAUUGACCAUCGGUUGCCUGAUGAAAGGAGGUCUAGCCAAAUUAAUGUGUUAUCUACUUCCAAACUCUGUGUUCGACUGAACACUCUUUAUUAUGCAGUGAGCCAUCUAAGUAAACUUGAAGAGAGCAUUCGAGAAAGAUGGUCAAGGAAGAGGCCACGAGAAACUUUUAAUAUCAGGAAGUCAAUUGAUGAAAAUGCGAGAGAUAUCACAACACAAAAGAUGGAUGCAUUUGAUGGAUCAAGAAAGGAUAUCAAUGCUGCCAUGGACAGGAUCUGUGAGUACACAGGAACUAAAAUUAUCUUUUGGGAUUUGAGGGAGCAAUUUAUAGAUGGCCUAUACAAACCGUGUGUCUCACAAUCCAGGUUGGAAAUGCUUAUUGAGCCCCUUGAUACGGAACUUGCUCAGCUAUGUGAUGUCAUCGUUGACCCACUUAGAGAUCACAUUGUCAUAGCCCUUCUUCAAGCGUCACUGGAUGGCUUGGUUCGAGUAAUAUUAGAUGGGGGACCAUUGCGAGUAUUUGUUCAAAGCGAUUCCAAAGUAUUGGAAGAGGAUCUAGAGAACCUAAAGGAAUUCUUUAUAUCUGGUGGGGACGGGUUACCACGUGGAACAGUUGAUAAUUUAGUGGCGCCCGUGCUUCAGAUAAUAAGAUUGCAUGGCCUUGAGACUCGAGAACUUAUUGAUCGGUUGAGGUCCGCAAGCGAGGAAAUGGCAAGCGGUAACAACCUGCAGGUUGGCAGGAGCAAAAUUGCCGGUGAUCCCGACACUCUACUCAGAGUCUUGUGUCAUAGAAGCGAUCCAGAGGCCUCCCAAUUUGUCAAGAAACAGUUCAAAAUACCCAAAUCUGUUGCUUAGAGGGCUCUUAUCAUCUAUAAGUUCUCAUCUUUAAAGAACUUUCAAAUCAGAUUGGUAGCCUGCUUGUCAUUUAUUUAUUUAUUCAUUUGUAGUUUCUUUUUUUCUUCUUGAUGGCAUUAUAUCUGUAUUGAGGCUGAACAAUUGAAAGUCAGUCAAUUCGUGGAGGGGGUUAAUAAUUAUUGAAGCAAUGAUUUUACUUUUUUA